UUCAUAUUUCCACCAGAGAUGAUCGGUAAAUCGCUUCCACUGCUGCUCCUCCUGCUGGUGCCUUCCAUUAUCGAUGCGCUGGGCACCCAAGUGAUCUGCUAUGACCACAAGCGCAUGUUGACCCUCAUCGAGGGCCUCAAUGGCACCGUGGACGAGCAGCUCUCGCUGGCAGCGUCCACCUGGGGCAAGCUGCGCGCCGACUACCCCAGGGAUGUGGCCAAGAUCGACGAACUGGACGAGACCAUGCAGCGGGUGAUGUGCAACAAGGACCAGAACAUCUCGCUCAGCCAGCAGCUGCAGGGCCAUCUCAUGCGCGAGCACAUUCGGGAGCAUCUGGAGACCAUCAACACGACGGCGCUCUUCCGACAGGCCCUCGAGGCGCCCGAGCACGAGCUGGGCAAGUGGCAGCUGGCCAUUGGGCGGCACUCGCAGCGCUUCCACUGCCUCUUCAAGCCCGAGCAGCUGCAGAAGAUCAUUGGCAGCGUGCUGAAGCGUUUGUACAGCCUGGAAAAGUCCAACAAACUGGCGGCGUUACUCUAUCAGCUGUACCUGGUGGGCAGCAGAGCGAAAGAGUCCUUCCAGCUGAUGGUCUCCUCCGAGCUGCUGCUCUACGAGCGCUACAAGAGCGGCGGCCAGAAGAGCGUGGACUUUGACAAUUACAUGGCCAAAAUGUGGCAGAGCCUGCAGCUGGAGGAGCCCUACACGAGUCUCGAUCAGGCACUCAAGCAGCGACUGGUGGAUGCGAUCAUUGAUCUGUUGGGGUAUCUGUGAGGGUUUAGGAGAGCUUCUUGGAUAUCUCUGAGUGGGUGAAAGAUCUUCCAGGAUAUCUAUGAGCCUUAUCGCUGAGGGGGAUUCAAUUGUGUAAACUUUAUUCGGUGUUUGUGUGCUUGAAUAUUUCUUUUUUGCAUUGAGUUUCGUGUCUGUUUGCAGCUGUGAUAAUUACAUAGAAUUUGUGUUCUUUCUUU